UAAUGUCAACUUUCUAAGAAAGGUUUAAGGGUAAAACUACAGUUAUGGGUAGAAAUGGACUAGAAUCAGUUCUUAAUACUUGUUAAUAACCUAUUAAAAAAGACUUUGAAUGUAUUGUUUCUCUCUUAUAUCAGAUUAAAAUAGAUGUCCUCAGAUUCCAUAACCUUUACAAUAAUAAGUUAAUGUUUAAACAUUUCCUAACCAAAUUCAAUACAACAAUCAACAACAUCAUUAAAAUAUAUAUUAACAUAAUCCAUACAUACCUGAAUAAUAAAUUCAAGAUCAUCUAUAAUAUUUGAGUCAAUAGUAAUAUUUUCAACCCUCCACUAAUUAUUAAGUAAGACAAACAGCUACUGAGCCUUAAAAAAAGAUUGAAUAAAGAUCCUAAUCUGCAAAAUAAUAAUAGUAAUCAGUUGAUGAUUCGUAACGGUACAAACCAUACACCAUUAAAGAUUAUGAAAUGAUGAAAAAGACAGCAAAUGCUAAAUUAGGAGGUUUGGGACCUAAUAUCAGUGGAGAAGAAUGGGUAAAAGAAAAAGAAAAGCAACUUAAAAGAUAAGAAUUUGCAGAAUAAGUAAGACAGUUUAAUUCAACUAAUAUUAUAACUAUCAAAAACAAAGAAAGUAAACCACCUGAAAUCAAUCCAAGGUAUUAUUACGAAUAUAUCAAGACAAAAGGCUAUUGAAUUUGCCAGAAAUAUACCAAAACCUGUAGCCAAAAAAAAGGAUGAUGUAGCUAUAAAGAGUAUGCCUAAUAAACCUGUUAAUAAUAUGAAUAGGGAUCCUUUUGAUGAUGAAAUUGCACGACUUGAAAGAGAACAUAUUAAAUAUUUAAACUAAUUGGAUAAAAUGAAAUGA